CUCCGACGAAGCUAAAUGUUGCAGUAUGCAGGUUUAUGUCACCGACCAUGUUUUGGAGCGAUCAGAAUCCGGAACUGUUCAUCGGAGGUGGGUGUCCAGCGCCGCCAAGUUCUUGAGCAAUUGGACGGAGAGCUAGCCAAAGGUGACGAUCGAGCCGCUUUGUCUCUCCUUAAGGAAUGGCAGGGCAAGCCUGGUGGCCUUCGAUGCUUCGGAGCUGCUCGUCAGAUUCCAAAGAGAAUUUACACAUUGGACGAGCUAAAGCUGAAUGGAAUUGAAGCUUCAUCUCUUUUAUCACCAUUGGAUGCAACCCUUGGAGCGAUUGAAAGAAAUAUUCAAGCGGCUGCUGCUUUGGUUGGUGUUUGUGCUUGGAAUGUGUUUCACAUUACUCCGCAACACCUGUUCUACCUUUCGGUCGGAUUCCUAUUUCUCUGGACCUUGGAUUCGGUGGGUUUGAAUGGAGGAGUUGGAAGCUUAGUUCUUGAUACAAUUGGUCACACUUUCAGUCAAAAGUACCACAACAGAGUUAUUCAACAUGAAGCUGGGCAUUUCUUGAUCGCCUACUUGCUCGGAGUUGUUCCGAAGGGCUAUACGUUGUCGAGUUUGGAAGCAUUGCAAAAGGAAGGAUCUCUGAAUCUUCAAGCCGGCACUGCUUUCGUUGAUUUUGAAUUCCUUGAAGAAGUCAAUGCAGGAAAAGUUUCUGGAACGAUGUUGAACAGAUUCUCAUGCAUAGCACUUGCUGGUGUGGCUACAGAGUAUCUUCUAUAUGGAUGUGCGGAGGGAGGCCUUGCUGACAUUAACAAGUUGGAUUUGUUGCUGAAAGGGCUAGGGUUUACACAGAAGAAGGCAGAUUCUCAAGUAAGAUGGGCAGUUCUAAACACUGUUCUGAUAUUGCGCCGCCAUGAAAGUGCUAGAGCUAAGCUUGCAGAUGCUAUGUCUUCUGGAAAAUCUGUAGGGAAUUGUAUUGACAUUAUUGAGAAAAGUAUUGAUUUUGAUGAUAUCUAAAUGAAAUCACACGUUUUACUUGUA